GUAGCCCACGAAAGCUUAUGCUCAAAUAAAGUUGUUAGUCUCUAAGGUGCCACAAGGACUCCUGUUCUUUUAGAAGAUUUACUGAAAACUUGGCUAUACAAGCAAAUAGAUACUAGAAGAUGUAGUACCCAAGACUAUGGCUGUUGAUAUGAUCGCACAUAAAAGCCCCAGCCAAGCCUGGCAGUCCAUUUUGCUAGGUGCUGUACAAACACAGGGUAAGAGACAUUCCUUGCCCUAAAGAGAGACCAUCAAAGCAGACACAAGAAGUAUUAUUACCCCCCCUUUUCACAUGCGGUGAGGUCAGGCAUAGAGAGAUUACGCAACUUGCCCAUGGUCACAAAGGGGGAGACUGUGAUAAAGCCAGGAACUGAAUUCGCAUCUCCUGAGUCCUAUCUAGGUCCUUAAUUACAAAACCAUCUUUCCUCACUGAGGAAAACAAAAAUUAAAGUAAGACUUUUUGGGAAAUAGUAAAAACCAACACACACAAUCUUUUACUCUCCACAUUGAAAUUCAACAGCUUUGCUUGUGGAUUUGUUUUCCUCAUUUCUUUGAAGCCAUCGGCCAUGAAAUGUUUGUCCUCAGUCGGAAAAAAAUAAAGUUAUUUUCUGGAGCACUGCUAGGCAAGUAUGAAUACAUGGAAUAAGAACAUUCAACUGACUUCUGAUAGAACAAUAGGAAAAAGUAUGGAAGUGAAUGAAAGAAGAAAGUUCAAGUCACUUUUUGUUGUGGGAGAUGGCAAUGAACAAACCUCCCCACUACGAAGGGUUUUUUCCAGGAAGUGUAGGCUGUCACAUCUAUCUGUCCCUUAACUAUCUUGAGUAGUGUGCUAGCGAGGCAGUUCUCAUGCUGCUCCUGCACCGUGCUUUUGAAGGGGAGGCCACAGCCACUUGAACACAGAAUGAACGAACCUUAUAGUCCAACGACGCCUCGACCUAGCAGUACCAGCUCACCUAACACCAUGAAAAUUUUUAUGUGUUUUCUUAUUGUAUUUAUUAUAGCACAGACUAUUGGGACUGUACUUUUUUGCUUAUAUCUUCACAUGAAGCUGGAUAAGUUGGAACAGGAGUUGAGCUUACAGGAAGAUUAUUUGUUCCUCCGAAGAAUACAAAAAUGUCGGAAACCAGAAGGUGCGGGCUCAUCAUUAUUGGACUGUAAGGAGAUCAUAAACCGAUUCCAGGAUCUGCUAGUCAAAGAUCCAGAAGUCAGCAAGGAUGAUGCAAAAUUUGAAAUGCAAAAAGAUGACAGGCAGCAACCAAUUUCAGCUCACCUAAUGGGGUUCAAGAACAGCACCAAGAAAGUAUCAGUUUUACAAUGGCAGAAAACGGGGUAUGCCCCUAUGAGCAACCUGAUAUCCUACAAAGGAGGGAAAUUGAAGGUGGAAAAAGAAGGGCUCUACUACAUCUACUCCCAGGUCAGCUUCUGCACCAAGACAGCUCCUGGGGCGCCAUUUACGGUGUUUAUUUAUUUGAACCUACCAUCGGAAUCUGAUCGGCUCUUAUUAAAGGGACAGGAUACGCACAGCUCAUCCAGUGUUUACUGUGCCCUACAAUCCACUCACCUGGGAGGAGUGUUUGAACUCCGGAAAGGUGAUGUGGUGUUUGUUAAUGUGACAGAUUCGACUCAAGUGAACUAUGAUCAUGGAAACACAUACUUUGGUAUGUUUAAACUCUAUUGAGAAGUGACCUGCUAUGAAGAACAGAGCUGCAGGAGGCCCAAUCCCAACUUUGUUGAACAAAGUGAAUCCUGGUUUCCAAUAUUUAUGUUCCUCUGCAUCUUUAGUUUUCUUGUAUCUAGUUCUGUAUAUUUUGUUAUUUAUUAACGGGGGCAGAAUGAGCCCUUAGAACGGAAACAGAACAAAGUUUGGAGCUGUUACUGUGUGCACUUUGUUCUCACCUUUACUCAUUGUGGAAUGUCUGUACACAUCUGUAUCAUAUGUAUUUAAGCCCAUGCCCUGUGUGCUAUCACUUGUCUGACAGGGUGGAUAUGCUUAUUUAGUAGAACAUAAUAUGAGUGUUUCUUUCCAGACAACAUUACGUAUCUCUCAGGGGACUCCAGUCAGAUAGAUUAUAUGUACCUCUUUUUCAAUCUGCUUAUAAAGUAACAAUGGAAAAACUUUAAUGGUUUAGAAAUAUCUUCUCUAGGAAAAAAGCAAUCAGCAAAUUGCCAUCCUUAAGCGGUAACUGCUAAUGACACAUAUUUACCAUUUAAAUCGUAUAUUUCACCUGAAGUCUCCCUUCUUUUCAUCUCUGUAUAUGUACAAUAUACAAUCAGCAGAACCUUGUACCUUUUAUAAUCAUGUGAUAUUUGCUGAGGCUUGUUCACACGGGAUGAAAUUCACUCUGGAGCAGAAGGGCCUGCACAAGGUCCAUGUGCCACUCGUGUCCUCAGAACAGGGCUUCAGUGAGAUGUAAAUAGUCCUCUGCCCCAGGGUGAAUUUCAUCCACAGGCCUAGACUGUCCUGCAUAGAUUUGUGAAUGAAGAGGACACUGCUCAUGGAACAACCCUCACCCUGUGGAAGGGAGCCACCCUCCCCGUACCACGACACCUUCUCUCCAGGCCCCCUGGACAACCCUCUUCCAUGGGCCUUUAUUCCACAUUGGGGAAGAAAUGAGAAAGCAGAAGGCUGGACCAGGCAGGCUCCCUUGUCCAGUCCUAUGAUACACCUCCAAGCAGUAUUAUCUAUUGUGUAGAGCCUCCCCUGGGCAUUUUGGGGCUACCACUGCCAGGGUAGGUCCUGUUAGAGCGGCUUCAUUGGGGUCACUAGGGCCAUAGCUGGUGCAGAGGGACUGGACCUCUAAGGCCCCAGAGCCUUUUCCAUGUGUGAACAAUGGGUAAUAUGGGGAUGUCCUUGCUAAGAUUUUUCCCCCCAGACCUUCCUCCCAUGGACUGUGUGAGAGGGUGAUCCGGGCCAUAAUAAAUUAAGACAGUUACAUAGCACCUUGCACCCAAAGAUCCCAAAUACCAAGAGACUUUUCAGGGUCCUGAUCCUGGAACUCUGACUCACUCAAGUAGUGCUCACUCAUGGGAGUAGCUCUGUUGAAGUAAAUAAGAUUGCUUGUAUAAGGGUUGCAGGAUUGGGACAUAGGAUUUUUGCCUGAUUAAAGGUUGCAAGAUUGGCCCAUAUAGCAUAGCAUGGUCACUUGCCCCAUCUUCAAUAUGCAGCCACCUCUGGGGUGGAAAGUAGUAGUCUUAACACGCAGAACACACCAAUACCAGUGACUGUGGAUUUAAGGCCUGAUGCUGCACCUAUGGCUAUCAAUGGGAGGCAUGCUCAGAAUCUGCCCGUCUAAUUUUACUAUAAUUUAAUCUGUAGUGUUGGUGGCAUAACUUUAUUAGAGAAUGGAGUCAGUGAAAUAUUUUUGUUUGAUGCAUUGUGUAAAAAUUAUUUAUUUAAUUAAAGCUGUAUUAUAUUCAUGGACAAAGGGAAGGUGCAUUGAAAAAUAGAAAGUGUGCAAGGAAUAAAUAUGACUGUUUGUGCAGUAAUGUUGGAUCCCCAGUAUUGAAUGUUGAGUUCUGAAGUGCCAAACAGGAAGUGCUGUGUUGCUUACACAUCACAGCACUGAGCUAAUUUGCAGUCUCGCUACAACAAUUGGUGUAGAAUUCUCCAUACUGUAGUGUUACCAAUAACAUACCAUUUAUAAA